UACAUUAUGUAAUAUUGCGCAUAUUAAAUUUAGUACGUUAAUAUUGUGAUCCGCUCUAAUCGGCUCAGCUGUGGCUAGGUCAACUGUGGCUAGGCAACGUCGGCUGGUGGUGGCUUGGUGGAGUUUCGAUGGUUUCGAUGUCGAAGUGUGGUAAGGUUGGUGUAUGUCUGGUGUAGUCUACUGAUCACGGUAACAAGAUUGCCAAAUAUCAGCAUCUGACCUAAAAAUUUAUGACCUUCGACUUGAGAGUAUCGCUUAUUUGACACUCGGCGCAAGAUGCUUCGACCGAAGCAAUCGGUGCUGCCUGCCAGCAACAAUUGCGCCUGAGCUCCAAAUCAUGAGUUACGCGUUAAAUUCACUCCAGUCUAAAAGAGACGUCGAUCGAGCAGUGAAAGAAACCAUCGAUAAAGUGCUCGUCUUACGCUUCGGCAAAGAAGACAGCUUGGAGUGUCUCCGCAUUGACGAAAUCUUGAGGAAGACGGCACCUCUGCUCUCGCGCAUGGCCGAUAUUUACGUGGUGGACUCGCAGUCGGUUCCGGUCUACACUCGGUACUUUGACAUCUCCAUCACGCCGGCCACGGUUUUCUUCUUCAACGGACAACACAUGAAGGUGGACUACGGUACCGCCGACCACACCAAAUUCAUCGGCUGCUUCAAGACAAAGCAAGACUUCAUAGACCUGGUGGAAGUGAUCUACCGCGGCGCCAUGCAGGGCAAGCUCGUCGUGACGUCCCCGAUAGACCCGGCGCACAUCAACAAGUAUGACCUCCUCUACAUGGACAUCUGAGCCGGGGCUUGCCGUGCCACUGCUUCGGUGAAACAAAGGUGCACCCAAAUGUCGGCGUCCUUUGUGUUGAGGAGCGUUCGGUUCCUGAGGAGAGCCCCCAGGCCCCCCGGCAGUGUGCUCUACCAGGGUUCGCGAAGGAACCUGCGGCAUAUGGUCGCUGUGAGCCAGGCAGCCUCAGUGCAGUGGAAAGCGGGACUCGCGUGUGCUCUCCCUGUCGGUGUUGCCUGCUGCCUCGUGGCCAACAGCAGUCGGGGUUCUAACCCCGGGGAGGACAAGCUGCUUCGUGCCGCCAAGCUGGGUCACGUGGACGAAGUCCAGAGGCUGCUGAAAAACUCGAAGGUCGACCCUAACUGCCGCCAUGCGCUUGGCUGGACACCUCUUCACGUGGCGGCCAUCAACGGACACUGCAACGUCAUGGCAGCGCUUCUGGAUGCCGGCGCCGACGUGAAUGCCGGAGACGAGUUCAGCAACGUGUACCAGACCGCUCGGGAAAAGAACAUGAAUUCCCUGGAAGUGCUGGUGCUCAGGGAAGACGAGUUCAGCAACCGGCUGAGCAACCGAGCGUCAUUCAGCGGCUGCACAGCGCUGCACUAUGCGGUUCUUGCGGACGAUGUGGCCACUGUCCGCACCCUCCUUGAGCGCAAUGCUGACCCCACAUGCUGCAACGAUCAGGGGCACCAGCCUGCGGACUACACACGAAAUCCGAGUGUCCGCAAGAUUCUGCAGGAGCACGUCGACAAGCACAAGGAGCGGAUGCAAAAGUUGGAGGCGGAGGAGCGUCGCCGUUUCCCGUUGGAGCAGCGGGUCAAGCAGGUGAUUGUGGGACAGGAAGGGGCCAUCGCAUUGGUGGCGGCCACUAUCCGACGUAAGGAGCUUGGAUGGUUCGACGACGAACAUCCGCUAGUGUUUCUUUUCCUGGGGUCCUCCGGCAUUGGCAAAACAGAGUUGGCCAAGCAGCUGGCUGAAUACCUGCACGGCGACAAGCGGGGCAAAGGUACGAAGAAGGGCUUCAUCCGGCUGGACAUGUCAGAGUACCAGGAGAAGCAUGAGGUGGCCAAGCUGAUCGGGUCCCCGCCAGGCUACGUGGGGCAUGACGACGGCGGUCAGCUAACUCGGCGGCUGCGUGAAUGUCCCACGGCAGUUGUGCUCCUGGAUGAAGUGGACAAGGCACAUCCAGACGUUCUGACGGUCCUGCUGCAGCUCUUCGAUGAGGGCAGACUCACCGACGGCAAGGGUAAAACUAUAGUCUGCAAGGACGCCAUUUUUGUGAUGACCUCCAACCUGGCCAGUGACGAAAUCGCCCAGCAUGCCACCGAACUGAGGCGGGAGGUUGAGCGGCUAGCGCAGCAGCGUAUGGCCCUGCAUAGGGACGAGUCUCAAGACCCUGCAGAGGAGGUGAGCAUCCGGAACGACUUCAAGGAGCGUGUGGUGCGCCCCAUUCUCAAGCGGCACUUCCGGAGGGACGAGUUCCUGGGCCGCAUCAACGAGAUUGUCUACUUCCUGCCCUUCUCGAGGAAAGAGCUGACGGCACUGGUCACACGAGAGCUGGAGGGUUGGACGCGGCGUGCUCGGGAACGCCACGGCAUUGAGUUGACAUGGGAGCGGCGUGUGGUUGAGCUGCUGGCAGACGGCUACAACGUGCACUACGGGGCGCGUUCGGUCAAGCACGAGGUGGAGCGGCAGGUGGUGAACCGUCUGGCAGAGGCCCACGAGAAGCAGCUCAUCGAUGCGGGGUGCACGGUGCAUCUGGUGGUGGAGGGUCCAGAGGCCGGCCACAGUCCCAAGGUUGGCCUGCUGGUCAGGAGCAAGUCCCAGAAGGGCAUUGCACUUGACCUGCCCCUGAGUAACAGUGCUCCCCUGGGCAGCCCUCAGGGCUGACCUUUCGGCAGGACGGAGUAAAAUUUAUUUACACCCUG